UGUGUGUUUAUGCACCGGCCUCCGCCCCCGCCCCAAAUUCAUGGUCAGGCAGAAAUCAUAGCUACCUAUAAAAGGUCCUCGCGCAUUGACGUGCCACGUGACCUUAACAACGUCGCAGUUUUCGGAAAUGAAUUCAGGAGGAUCGUGAGUGUAAAAGUAGUCUAGAGAAGAGGAAGAGGGUGAGGAGGAAGAUGGAGGAUUUCCCCAUCCGGGCAGUGGAGAUGGUGUGUUUGGGUUCAAGUGUGGCUCUCUCUGGUCUGUUUUAUUACAUCUACAGGAAGAAAUGCAAAACUGUGAACAAGCUUAAUGAAGCUCCAGUUUUGCCGGUGGAUGAAAAGUUAGUAGAUCUUUUGAAUGCCACGCCAGGGAAAUGUCUGCAGUAUGUGGUCAUCGAGGGUACAGUGCAAUCCAUCGGGGAACCGUUAAGGAGUCAGUUUCAGGAAGGCAGUGUUGGUGUAAUCCAGAAACUGGUCCUCCGAGAACACAAACUUGUGUGGAACAGUUUAGCACGCACUUGGACAGACAGCGAGCGUGUGCUUCACCAGCGUGUGAAUGCUGUGCACUUUAACCUGCUGGGUGUGAACAAGGCGUUUGUGCGUGUGCUCUGUCCCCUGGAGGCCACGGGUCCCAAUAUGGAAAUCAUCCAUGAAAAGUUCCACCAGGCUAGUUAUGGCUUCACGGACCUGAUUGGUCAGUAUUUGAGCGGAGAGAAGCCCAAAGGUCAACUGGAAACAGAGGAGAUGCUGAAAGUGGGUGCCUCUUUGACCGCAGUGGGCGAGCUCAUCCUGGACACGGACCGCCUCCCAAAAAUCCGCCCACCCACUGAUGGCUCGGAGUACUUCCUUAGCACAGAUGACUUUGAAACCCUGCGGCUGGAGCAGGAAGGGCAGGCAGAGGUGUGGAGGGUGCUGGCGUGCAUUUGUGCAUUGGCAGGUGUGGCCGUGCUGAUGUGGGCGGGACGCAGGUACUACCGCCAGUUGAAGCAGCGAUGGGAGCAGGAGAACAUGAGGAGGGAGUUUGAACUGAUGGGUGCAGAAGAGCGAGAAGAGGAGGAGAACGGCAUGGAGGUAUCAGAGAACCCGUGCGUGAUAUGCCUGAGUAACCCACGAGGCUGUGUGCUGCUGGACUGCGGACACGUGUGCUGCUGUUUCCGCUGCUAUCAGGCCUUGCCACAACCCAUCUGUCCCAUCUGCAGACAGAAUAUCAGACGAGUCGUGCCUUUGUACCAAGCCUGAGAGACUGAAAAGAAUCCAUUGGUUUCUCUUGAAAAAGGCUUUCAGCACAUUUCAACUACUAAACAUAGUUUAAUCCUUUACAAAUGAACAGUUGUGCUGGAUUUACAUGAUAUACUUGUCAAAACAGCCUUAAACUUUAAAACAAUGUUAUACUGUGAACAGGACACCUGCGAUAGAAGCAACACAGAGAUUCCUGAUACACACUUUAGUUUCACCAUUUUAGUUUUAACAAAUUCCUAUGGAAGCUUAUUUCCACCACAGAAUAAAAAAAACAUGUAAUUGUGACUUUUUAUCUCACAAUUCUGACUGAAUGUAAACUAUUUUUCUUAUAACGCUUUUUCUUGCGGUUGCAAGUUUAUAUCUAACAAUUCAGACUUUUCUUCUCAGAACUGCACAUCUCACAAUCAAAACAAUAAUAUUUUUCUACUCCGAUUAGGACUUUUU